AUGGUUGUCUCCCCAGAUAAGAUACAUGACAAUUCGUUGCCAAUUAGAGAGCGAAUGGAGACUCUAGUCCGUGUGAAACAACAGGAGAUCACACAAGCAUUGGCAGGACUUGACACUGUGGACUUCCAUACCGACUCGUGGACAAGAGGCGACAAUGGCGGUGGAGGUCAAUCAAUGGUGUUGCAAAAUGGAACUACGUUUGAGAAAGGUGGUGUAAACAUAUCAGUUGUCCAUGGUAAAUUACCCCCACAAGCAAUCCAACGGAUGAAAGCUGAUCAUGCAAAUCUCAAGGGUACUGGUAGUGAUGGAAGUGUUGAUUUUUUUGCAUGUGGGUUAUCCUUGGUGAUUCACCCUCAUAAUCCACAUGCACCUACAACCCAUGCUAAUUAUAGAUAUUUUGAAACCAUUGACCCUGAAACUAGAGAGACUCAAGCUUGGUGGUUUGGAGGUGGGGCAGACUUGACACCGUCAUACUUGUACGAAGAAGACGCCAAACAUUUCCAUCAAAAGCACAAGGACGCAUUGGACAAGUAUGAUGAAACCUUGUAUCCAAAGUACAAGAAAUGGUGUGAUGAGUAUUUCUUUAUAAAGCAUAGAGGAGAGACUAGAGGUAUUGGGGGCAUCUUUUUCGACGACUUUGACUCAAAACCAGCUGAUGAGAUUUUGCACAUCAUUGAAAGUUGCUUUGAUGCAUUUGUGCCAUCUUACAUACCCUUGGUGGAAAAGAGAAAGGAUACACCGUUCACCCCUGAACAAAAGCAAUGGCAGCAGAUCAGAAGAGGUAGAUAUGUCGAAUUCAACUUGGUUUUGGAUAGGGGAACCCAAUUUGGUUUACACACUCCAGGGUCGAGAGUGGAGAGUAUAUUGAUGUCAUUACCAGCAACAGCUAGCUGGGUUUAUGAUCAUCACCCUGAACCAGGAACUGAAGAGGACAAGUUGUUGCAAGUGUUGAAGUCCCCAGCCGACUGGGUCUGA